UCGAUUAGUUCGGUCGCAUUUCCGUCUGCACCGGAAUUUUUUCAUUCUCGCGCGUGCUCGCGACAGCGUCGGUUUUUCGCGUUGCUGUUUGCGUUAAUGUCUGUUACAGUUUACUACUGAGUUAGUUUUCUCGCGAUUCGCUGUUUUGGUCGAGUGGUCCCCCUUUGGCUGUUUUUAUUUUUUCCUUCCUGCAGAGUGGCCUUUUCCUUUCUGUACUUUUGAACUGUUUGGUUAAUUCAAUUUACGACUCAUUUCUGUACCGUCAUCGUCAUAGUUUCUAGCUGUGCCGUGCGACAAACACAUGAACGGACCAUGCUUCGUGGAUUCGGCAGUUCUUGUUUUACUUGAAGUUCGUUGAAGCAGUGGUAGAAAAGUGAGUGUUGAUAUUUCAAACAGAAAAAAAAGUUUGAUGAGCCUGCGUUCAUUUAUUUUGUUGGUACCGUGAGUAAGCAUAAUGAUUUCGUGAGUUCUUAGGACAAAUGUCUGAAGAUAUUCUGACCAUCAAGUUAAAAGAGUGAUUCAGCAUUACCUGCGGUCAGUCAGAAUCCAGAAACGAGAUAAGUUAUUUCCAGAAAUCGUCAGCUGAUUGUAAAACUUCAAACUGCUCAUCUGUGAUCAAAUCAUCUCUGUUAGAACAGCAUUGCUUUGCAAGCGGUUGGACGACUGAAUACAUAUUAGCAAAAUAUCCCUGCAGACAGAAACGUCAAAGAAGCCAACGGAACUUUUUUAUCAAAACAACAAAUAACCGAGCCAGAUGCAUUUAUACACUCAUCAGUUCCGGAAAGCCUCAAAGAGAGCUGCUUUUAUUACGAUAUAGGAGAGAAAAAAAAGUGUAAAGUGGAACCACCGACAGAAGCAGAGAACGAUAACAAAACCGGUCAGUGCAUUGUUCGAUCUUGAGAGAAAAAGUGCAUCGAGAACACACCGCUUUCAGUAGAUACCUUCACGCGGAACACACAUCGGUGAAGAUGACGAAAGACGUGGAAUUUCAAGAUAUUGUCUACGCGGUCAAUGCCCGGAAAAGCAUUAUUAGUGAAAGUCGAAAACAAACGAUACUCAAAGGUGUGAGUGGCGUUUUCCGACAUGGCCAAUUAUCUGCAAUCAUGGGACCCUCCGGUGCCGGAAAAAGCAGCUUACUUAACGCCAUCUCGGGCUACCGGAAAUCUGGAGUCGACGGCACAAUUCACCUGAACAGAAAAGCUUCAUGCUACAUCACACAAGAAGACCAUCACCAACCGCUGUUGUCGGUUGAAGAACUGAUGCACAUUGCUUGCCAGCUGAAAAUCAAAGGAAAAACAAACUAUGAGGAAACAAUUACGGAUGUGCUGUCCAAUUUAAACCUCAAUAACCGAAGGAACGUAACCGCCGAUAGACUGAGUGGAGGCGAACGGAAACGUCUCUCCAUUGCACUGGAGAUGGUGGCAAACCCGUCGAUAUUUUUCCUGGACGAACCUACUAGUGGGCUAGACGAAGUAACCGCUGCAACCUGCGUUCGACUGUUCCGAGAUCUUGCCAAGCAGGGACGUACUGUGGUCUGCACGAUCCAUCAACCUUCAGCCAGUAUCUUUGCUCUGUUUGACCAUAUUUAUGUAAUUGCACGAGGAUCAUGCGUGUUCCAGGGUAGUCCUAAGGCAGUUGUACCGUUCCUUUCUCAUCUGCACAUCGAAUGCCCAAGGCAUUACAAUCCAGCUGAUUUCAUAAUUGAAGUCUGUGAUAACGACUCGCAAGACGUCAUUCCUACUCUCUCUGAAGCAAUGCAAAAUGGCAAAGCCAUCUGUACUAAGCAACAACUCCCAGCGGCUAUCGCAUCUACCUCGGUAUUGGACGAGGAGCCCAGCUCGCUGGAGCCCAUAACCGACUUUGUAAUCAAACCAACCGUUACGUCAAUGAUAUUGGAACAGCAACGACCCAAGGUGUCAACGUUGGUACAGAAAAUGAAACAAAUUACCCGGUUUUUUCACAGUCCCCAUGCAGUGUCUGGUUUCGUUCAAUUUUGGGUCCUAUUUCGGCUAAUGUGGACCAAAACGAUGAGAAGCCGGACGGUACUCUGGAUACAGCUGUGUCAUCACAUUAUUUGUGCUAUAUUUAUCGGACUUAUCUUUUUAAACGCCGCGAAUGAUGGAGCUCGAAUGUUUGAUCAUCUCAAAUUUUGUUUGGGUGUUUGUUUUUUCUUCUGUUACACUCAAGUGAUGGUUCCAAUUCUAAGUUAUCCACGCGAGGUGAAACUGGUGAAAAAGGAAUGCUUCAACCGCUGGUACGGCUUGUUCCCUUACUACCUAGCACUGACGUUGUCUCGACUGCCGGUUCAAAUAUUCCUAAAUGUAAUCUUCACCAUGAUCGUGUACUGGUUGGCAGGACUACCAGCCGAGUUCUUCCGUUAUGCACUCUUCACAGCCGUCGGUAUGCUCGUGUCGCUAUGCGCCGAAGGAUUCGGCCUAAUGAUCGGGGCCACGUUUAAUGUGAUGAAUGGAUCAGCGAUCGGUCCACUAACGAUAGCACCUUUCCUCGGACUGGCCAUCUACGGUUUCGAUUUCGCACCUCAGAUUCCGGCAAUAAUGCAAUGGCUGAUGCGUGCAUCCUUCAUUCGGGGAGGCGUCGUGUCCGUCGUAUUGGUAGUUUUCGGAUACAAUCGCCAGCGGUUGGAUUGCAACGAAAUGUACUGCCAUUUCGAUGAUCCCAAAGUCCUGCUGCACUACGUGCGGAUAGACAAUACAACACUGCAGUUUGAGCUGUGCAUAUUGAUUACAAUGACGCUCUUCUAUCGAUUGCUGUGCUACCUUAGUCUGCGGAGGAGAUUCUACCAGUGAGAAUAGACGACGAUUGCCGAUGUAACUAACAUCCAUGACAAACACAUGUGAUCAUCUAUUGUAGGCAAACCAAUUUUAAGGGCUGAUUUUUUUUUAUCG